AUGGUGAUGAACCUGUACGGGCAGUCAGGUCCCAUAAACGCUAAACUAUUUGUCACAACUCUAACAGGAAAAGCCCAGGAGUGGUUCACAAACAUGCCACCAGGAAGCGUGGAAUCUCACGAGCAACUCAUACAGAAGUUCUCUUUCCAUUUUGCCAGUAAAAGGAAACAGAAACGAUCAGCGACACAUCUGUUCACCAUAAGACAGCAGAACGACGAGGCUUUAAAGAACUUCAUGGGAGGUUUCAAUAACGAAACGCUGGAGGUACCAGACUUACGGAUAGAUAUGAUGAUCAGCAUACUGAUCCACGGGUUGAAGAAGGGAGCAUUUGCUUCCGCGUUAGCUCGCGACCCCCCAUCUGACGUGGAGCAACUUAUGAAUCUGGCGCAGAAGUACAUAAAUGAAGAAGAAAUGAAUGCCAUGAAGGAUGGCGAAUGGAGGGUCGAAUAUGGAAGAGAUCGGGGAUACGACGUUAAGAAUGAUAAGCGAUCAAGACAUGAUCGAAACAAAGAACCUCACUAUUCACAAAAGUACAAUAAAUACACCCCACUCAACACCACGAGGGCAAGGGCACUGCUCAUGGUAGAAAGGAAGGAGGUACUCAGAUGGCCGAAACCCACGAGGGCUACCCCUGCCAAGAAACAUUCGAGCAAAUACUGUAGAUUCCACCGUGAAAGAGGGCAUGACACGGAGGAAUGCUACCAGCUUAAGGAUGAGAUUGAGCGGUUAGUCCGUCAAGGAUAUUUCAAGGAUUUAAUAUCAAAAGAUUAUCCAAGCAGAAGUCGACACAGUAGAUCCCGAAGCCCAUUGAGGUGA